AUGAUAACGGAUGAGGAAAGCACACCACCGCCUGAAGAGGAUAUACCUAAAAGCAAAACUGUGACCGAGAAUAGGGAACGGUAUGGCGGAGAUAUGAUGGGAAUUAUGCCACAACAGCCCAAUCAAAAGGCGGUGAUGAGGAAGGCCUCGUCGUCCACUCGCAGGCAAUGGCCGGGCGGUAACGUUAUCUACCGGUUCGCACCCAAAGUCCAGUUCACUGCCUAUGAGAAGUCAGUGAUCGCUUCGGCGAUGCAAGAGAUCGAAAGCUUGUCGUGUAUUCGAUUCAAACAGAGGACCAAACAAAAGGAUUACAUUAAUAUCAUUAAAGGCCGAGGCUGUUAUUCAUAUGUGGGACGAGUGGGCGGUUCGCAGGACCUGUCACUGGGGAGGGGUUGCAUGUGGAGGGGCACUGUUAUACACGAGUUGAUGCACGCCAUGGGCUUCUUUCACGAGCACAUGCGGUCGGAUCGGGACUCCUAUUUGAUAAUCCAUUUGAAUCACGUAAUGCCCGGAAUGAACGUCAACUUCGAGAAGAAUCCCUCGCAUAUGAACCGACUUCUGGCCAAAUUUGAUUACGACUCGAUUAUGAUCUAUUCCUCCACAGCCUUCUCAAAGGACGGACACAUGACAAUGGAGCCCAAGAACAAGAACCACCGCCUCAAAGAGCCCUACGAUAAGAACCAUAUGACUAAACUCGACGCCGAAAGUAUCAAUAAGAUGUAUAAGUGUCCAAAUCAGCGCUGA